GCGCAGAGUUGACGGCAUCCAAACAGAGUCGUAGUCUCCGCCACAUUCUGCGACCACUCCAUGUGACGGGUGAUGAUGUCGGGGUUCUACUAUCGCCCGAUAACUUAUCGCCUAUCGAUCAGCCACACUAGUGCUUCUAAAGAUAGCCGAUACGCAAGGGCGGUUUGGUCUCAAUAAUGAGUGAGCUCCCCCAUACACGAGUUCUGACGGAGUUCCGGAGUAUCUGUCCGUCCUCAACAACUACAGAGUCAUCGGCCAGAAUGAGCCCUGUCAGAUUCGACGUCGCAUUGCAGCUCGAUAAGAACUCUAAUUUGGAACCAUCCCGCUCCAGCUGGAUGCAAUGCAUUGCAUGCGCUGACGUGUAUUCCGCCGAUUGCAAUGACACGCUACAUGGCAUAAAUAACCAUUGUUGCCCAAGUCCGAUUCUAACAACCUUGACAUCGCCGACGAAACUUGCAGGAAGCAAGAGAAUUCCACAGAACGGAAAAGAAAGAACAGGUGGCAAAACGAAAUACAGCAUUAUGGAACAAGCAAAGUGCACUUCGUCUUCCACUCAUCACAAAAAAGCCUGCACACUUUUUGCUCGUCCUCGGUCACAUAGAGGGGGGUAUAUGGUCAUAACAUGGUAGGUUGGGGGUGGACAGACACAGUUGGAUCUGCAUCUGCCCACAGUCAU